AGCUCCCUUUGUCUGUUUGCUCAGCUUUGCGUUAAGGAAAUCCAAAAUACCCAGGGUGUAGGAGCUCUGCUUCAACGCAAACCCCCCCCCAAACCAAACAAGAAAACAAGGCGAGAAAACUACUUAGAAAAAUUAGAGGACGCCGAGGGCGAAUGGGGCGCAAGCAUAGUCACCAAAAAGCGAUUUUCAACAUCCAGCAACACUUCACAAUGCUUCUUUUCGUGACUGGAGCAAGUUACUUGAGCCAAGAGAUGACCAUGAUCAUUUGAACUCAAUCUUUCUUUGUAAUUUCAAGUUGAACGAAGCUGCCGCGUUUCUUUUCGGUCUAUGUUUUUGAACACAAAAGGAAUCUCAAAAGUGGACCUGGAUUUUCUCCAUCAAGGACUGCCAGAACUGUUGUGGCCCAAAAGGUUUUUUGCCUUUUCAUUGAUCGAACUUGAAGUCUCCAUCAGUACAUCACCCGGAGUAGAUUUUGCCUUCAAAAGUUUUGUGAUUGUAAAAAUGUCCUGACCGCAAUACGCCGCCAGUGUCCGAAGUUUGAUGACAUCAACUUAACUGCCUCUGUUGUCACUAAGUUGACCUCUUUGUGAGAGGGCUUUACAGCAAUGCAACAGCGACUGGUUACUCAGGCCAAGUGCUCGUUGACCAAGCUUUAGUUUUCCAUCGUGUCUCACAGUUGGACUAUCUGAAGAAAAUGUGAAGAUAUCUCGCCUUCAAAGGACUGAGAUUUUCCAGCGGAUUUGAGAUCUGAGGCCAAUGGAUCUAUAGUAGUUUAUGUGAGGGUGGCACUGAACUAGUGCAGUUGCCUCAAGCUGCCUACUCUCAGUUGAAAAUGGCUGGAGUUAUGCAGGCCUGAGUGUUGUUUUGCUACAACAUAAUGUUUUUUUCAAAAUAACGAAUUCUCAGCUUCACAUUGGGAGUGUGGUACUGUGUAAGAGGACCCGGUGUGUCUACCAUUCUACUGCUUUCCCACCAUCAACGUCCUCGCCGCUGAGUUUCACACUGACUACAGCCCCUUCAGAGAAAGUGGUCUCCCUGUCUCCGAAUCCCCCCAGACCUGCGGCUUUUCUCAUCUCCACCGUGUGGCUGAUAUUCCCUUCCUGUUAUCUGUCAUGGGCACAGCAGUGCCCUGUCCCCCCUGUCGUCCUUGCCAAGCACGAUGUCAACGGCAACAGGACCGUACCACCAUUCCCCGAGGGACUGCAGAUGACUAUGUUUGGGAUGGGCUGUUUCUGGGGCGCAGAGAGAAAGUUCUGGAAGCAGAAGGGAGUCUACUCCACCCAGGUGGGCUAUGCUGGAGGCCUCACCCCCAACCCCACCUACGAAGAGACCUGCACAGGUAGGACAGGCCAUACUGAGGUGGUUCGGGUGGUCUGGGAGCCAGAGAAGACCAGCUUCUCCAAACUGCUCAAGGUGUUCUGGGAGAGCCACAACCCAACUCAAGGAAUGCGUCAGGGCAACGACGUAGGAGCGACCUAUCGAUCAGCCAUCUACACAUACACACAGGAGCAGCUUGAACAGGCUCUGGCCUCCAAAGAUGACUACCAGAAGGUCCUGAUAGAGGGGGGCUUUGGAGAAAUCACCACAGAGAUAGCCGAGAACCAGGAGUUCUACUAUGCUGAGGACUACCACCAGCAGUACCUCAGCAAGAACCCCGGCGGAUACUGUGGCCUGAACGGCACCGGAGUCUCCUGUCCAAUAGGACUCAAGAAAUAACCACCUCUGUCCAAUAGGGAAUGACCACCAACCUCUGAUUGUCUGAUUUUGACUAGGAAAUGUAAAUACGCAUUUCCACUUGCUCAUUGCAAAAGAAGUCUAUUUUCUAUUCCUUUAAAUGGAAGUCACCUUAAUUAUGAUGCAGUACUGAAGCAUAUUCAGGGUUUAUAUAAAAACAGUCCGUAUCUGAGUCUUGUAUUAAUUGAAAUAGUUUGGUAAUCAAGCACCACAUACAUAAAUGAAUGCACAUUCAGGUUUUAGUGUGCAUUGUCUUGUGUGAAUCAAAUCAACUACAGUAUGUACAUCUGAUUGAACUCUAUGGUGCGUGCUGGUGGAUUAAAUGAUGAAACGGUGUGUUGAUAUG